GACAGAUUCUGUCCGUCUUUCGCCUUCUUAGAUGAUGGUGUUUGUUGCAGGAAGAGGAGAGAGAGAGAGAGAGAGUAGUAUAAUAGGGUGGCAAUCAUGGAGGUUCUAGGCCUGGACUGGUCCAUCUGAGUUUCUGCCUGCUGCAAGAGGAAAAGUAGGCCUGGCAGCUGUGGCCUUCUGUAACUAUUUAGUCAUAUGGUUCUGUAUGUGACGGUUGCAGGAAGGAUUCAAAUGGAUGUGCACGAGGCAACAAGGAUCGUAUUCAGCAGAAUACAGAAGCUGGAGCCAGAACUUGCUUCAAAGAUCAUUGGGGUCCUACUGUUACAAGACCAUGGUGAUAGAGAGAUGAUCAGACUAGCGUUCGGUCCAGACAAUCUGAUCCAUUCUCUCAUCAACAAAGCAAAACCGAAUCUCAGUUCGCUCUGUGCUAAAAUUCCGGCAGCAUCUCAUUCGCUCUUGGCCCCAUUUAGUUCAUCACCUGGUUCUGAUCUGGCUCUUCAGUUCACCCCAUAUCCUCCUGCUUCACCUCGGUCCUUUUCUUCCCCAGCUAGUUUCCUGGCUUCUUCUACAUUCUGGGAGCCCCCACAUUUAGGCGAGCAGCAAGCCAUUCUCAACCCCGAUUAUGUCCCCCCUGCAUACCCUGAAUCACUCGGAGAAGAAUUUGGCCUUCGUAACCAUGCGCAGUUGCUUAGUUUACAGGAUCGAGUCGAUCCCAUCUUCUCUGCAGGAGCAGAAUUUGCUAAUGGCAAGUUUUACGCCGAGCCCACAUUGAGCUCAAGGACAAGUAGAAGAUCUCCCAGUCUUCCUGAAUUCCCUUUAAAACCAUGCUUGUAUUUCGCCAGGGGCUAUUGCAAGCAUGGCAAUAACUGCAGGUUUUUCCAUAGCCAAUCGAUGCAGGACACAUUAUCAGAAAUCCUCAAUGCUAGUCAGGCAGACUUCGGAAACGAAGAGCAUGUGUUCUCUCCUGGGACUCUCGAGAGGCUGGAGUUGGAUCUUGCCCAGCUCCUGCGAGCAAAACAUACCCCUGUUUCCAUUGCCUCACUGCCUCAGCUUUACUACGAGAGAUAUGGAAGGACGCUUCAGGCAGAAGGCUAUCUCACUGAGAGCCAGAGACACGGCAAAUCUGGUCACAGUCUCACAAAGUUGCUUGCUCGGAUGAAGACUAUUAUGGUUAUUGAGCGGCCUCAUGGGCAGCAUGUGGUUGUUUUAGCAGAGGACGCACAUAGAUACUUGGACUGUAGAAGUGAAAGGAGUGACCUUGGUGGGAUCGUCUCCGGAUCUCGACAGAUUUAUCUAACUUUUCCAGCAGAAAGCACUUUCACAGAGGAAGAUGUCUCUAACUAUUUCAGAAAUUAUGGGCCUGUUCAGGAUGUGAGGAUACCCUGUCAGCAGAAAAGGAUGUUUGGAUUCGUCACCUUUAUGUUCCCUGAGACUGUGAGGAUAAUCCUGACUAAAGGGAAUCCUCAUUUUGUUUGUGGUGCUCGAGUGCUUGUCAAGCCUUACAGGGAGAAGUCCAGACUUGUGGAUAGGAAAUACCAAGAUAGGCUUGAUCCAUCAAUGUAUUACCAUUCACAGCUGAUAGACAUGGACCCUGAAUAUCAUUCAGUUGUGGGAAUCUGUGAGAAUUCUCGAUUGCUCAGGAAGCAUUUAAUGGAGGAGCAUGAGCAAGCACUCGAGAUGGAGAGCAGGCGCCUGUCCGAGUUUCAGUUGUCUCCAAAGCCAACAACGCAGCGCUAUUUUAAUUAUGCAAUAGAUGAUCAGAAGCAUUCUGAAGAUUGUUUCGACUAUCUGUUUGAUGGUGUCAACAAUGGUUCAACAAGUGGAGAGAAAAACAAGCACAACAGCAGCAAUUACAGUGAUGAAGAAAGUAGCCAAGUUCUUAAUCUUCCUGAGAGUCCAUUUGCAUCUCCAAUUGCAAGCAGCAUUCCAGCAGCUAUAUAGGCAGAUACACAACAUGGAUUUCAAAAGGUAGCAAAAGGGAGUUAGUUAUUUUCUCUUCCUGUGGAUACAUAAAUUUUUACACGUUACGGGAAAAGGCUCUCCCAACUUUUGCCGGCAGCUUCACCAUUCAAGCAGAGGAAGCUUCUUCUCCCAGUAUGGCGGCCGUGGAUGCGGAAGGCCACAGAAGGUUGAUAAUGUAAUACUUUUAUACCCUUGGAGUAGUUUCAGUCCCUUAAACAUACUAUUACUACAGAAAUCAAGAGUUUCAAAGAGGAAUUAUAGGAGGAAAACGAGAAAGAAGUUUGUAAUAUAGGUUAGCUGAAAGGGCAUAACAGAAUAUGCAGGAAACACUAAUUGGAAGGUUGUUUUGCAGGAAACACUAGUUGGAAGGCUGUUUUGUCUCUUGUUAUACUCAGUGAGUCAGGACAAAGAGCAAUAUGACUAUUGAAAAGAGUAAAUAUACAGCAAGGAUUCAAAAUUUCAAGCUCUCCCUGCAUACUGCUAUAUAUACACUUCAUUUUAUGUCUGAAAA